AUGGCAAAGCAAUUCCGCCGUCUGGCGGCUGAACACGCUGCAAUCGAGGAAUCACCACCUCCGGACUACAUCUUACCCGAAGGUGCUCACGAUGACCUCGUCCUUCUUCACGCUAUCCUUGUAGGACCCGUAGGGACUCCAUACGACACCGGGGCCUUCCGUAUCACUAUCAAAUGCACAGACACAUACCCGAACACACCCCCGACAGCUAACUUCAAGACCAAGAUAUGGCAUCCAAACGUCGACGAGAAGACCGGCGAAGUCUGUGUCGACACCCUCAAGACCAGCUGGACACCCACAACGACUCUCAGAGAUGUUCUCGAAGUCAUCCGAAGUCUUCUCAUCCACCCGAAUCCCUCGAGUGCAUUGAACUCGGAAGCCGGUCUUCUAGCCGAAGAAGAUUUCAAGGCAUUCGCGCGACAAGCCAAGCUCAUGACCAAGAUUUAUGCAUCCAUUCCCGCUGAUCUUAAGACCAAAGUUAAGACCAUGCGUCAGAAAGCAGACGAGGAAGGCAAAGCUUCGGGAUCAGCACCCACCACACCAGUUUCAAAACAUAAGAAGAAUGUUUCUGCAUCAUCGUCCCGGAAGCCAGCUUCUGCUGCUAAGCCCACCAAAAGCUCUUCGGAGGAACAGCAACCAGCCGUCGCCCCUGCUUCCAAGGAGGGUACACCUCAUGCAAAUAAUGUAUUGCAUACACCUACGAAAGAGCAUAGCAAUCCUCAAGCUACACCUUAUACACCUACUCCAACUGCUACCAAGCCUGCAAAAGAGGCAACCGAUUCUGCUCGCACCACGACAACUGGCAAAGAGAACGCAGCUGUUGAUCCUGUUUCUUCGCCAGUUCGAUCGAAUGCACGCCGUUCUCGUUCGUCUAGCCCACUCGGGAAACGCACGUUCGAUGAAGCCAAUGAAGAAGGAAGCUUGGAAACCGAUAUUCGAGGAGAGGUUGACCGCACUAUGUCACCACCUCCUGCAAAGCGUCGUAGUAUGGAAGUCAAUCGGCCAGAGACCCUCAAGAAUUCGGUAGAAAAGCCACAACAACAACAGAAGCAGCAGCCGGAGCAGCCGCAGCAGAAGGUUCCUAAAGGCGUUGUUUAUUCAAAGGGUAUGAUGGCAAAGGGAAAGGCGCCAAAGGGUCUUAAAAGGUUAUAA